CCCUCGGUGCGCGGGCACAGCAGCCAGGCUGCCGGAGAGCAGAUCUCGGGGAUUCGGGUGCGGAGCCCUUGGCCUGGAGGCGAUAUGGGUGGUCCGCGGCCCGCUUCAGUCGCUCGCAACAGCCCGGGGAACAGGCCUGUCUGGCCCUGAGGGAGUCCCCUUUCUGAAGCUGUGGUGCUUGGACGACCUGUUCUCUAUGUUGCCGGGCACCUGUAGGUGUCCCUCAAGAGCUCAGUUUUGAGGUGCAAGUCAGUGUGGCCAUGAAGGGGCUGCCUAUUGGGCUGAUGCUGUGACCCUGGAGUCUGCCUUUCCUGCCAGUCCCCCUGCCCAGAACAUGUGGCUGCGGCUUGGCCUGCCUUCGCUGUCCCUGAGCCCCAAGCCCACUGUUGGCCGGAGCCUGUGCCUCACCCUGUGGUUCCUCAGCUUGGUGCUGAAGGCCAGUGCCCAGGCCCCGGCGCCCACAGUCAAUACUCACUUUGGGAAGCUAAGGGGUGCCCGGGUACCAUUGCCCAGUGAGAUCCUGGGGCCUGUGGACCAAUACCUGGGGGUGCCCUACGCAGCUCCCCCGAUCGGCGAGAAACGUUUCCUGCCCCCUGAACCGCCCCCAUCCUGGUCGGGCAUCCGGAACGCCACACACUUUCCCCCAGUGUGCCCCCAGAACAUCCACACAGCUGUGCCCGAAGUCAUGCUGCCGGUCUGGUUCACUGCCAACUUGGAUAUCGUCGCUACUUACAUCCAGGAGCCCAAUGAAGACUGCCUCUACCUGAACGUCUAUGUGCCCACGGAGGAUGUAAAGCGGAUUUCCAAGGAAUGCGCCCGAAAGCCCAACAAGAAAAUUUGUAGGAAAGGAGGAUCCGGCGCUAAGAAACAGGGCGAGGACUUAGCGGAUAAUGACGGGGAUGAAGAUGAAGACAUCCGGGACAGUGGCGCUAAGCCCGUCAUGGUCUACAUCCAUGGAGGCUCUUACAUGGAAGGGACAGGCAACAUGAUUGAUGGCAGCAUCCUCGCCAGUUAUGGCAACGUCAUCGUCAUCACCCUCAACUAUCGGGUUGGGGUGCUAGGUUUCCUGAGCACUGGAGAUCAGGCUGCCAAGGGCAACUAUGGGCUCCUUGACCAAAUCCAGGCCCUCCGCUGGGUGAGCGAGAAUAUUGCCUUCUUUGGUGGUGAUCCCCGCCGUAUUACCGUCUUUGGCUCGGGCAUUGGUGCAUCCUGUGUCAGCCUCCUCACGCUGUCGCAUCACUCGGAGGGGCUUUUCCAGAGGGCCAUCAUCCAAAGUGGUUCUGCUCUGUCCAGUUGGGCUGUGAACUACCAACCAGUGAAGUAUACCAGCCUGCUGGCCGACAAGGUGGGCUGUAACGUGCUAGACACAGUGGAUAUGGUGGACUGUCUUAGGCAAAAGAGUGCCAAGGAGCUGGUAGAGCAGGACAUCCAGCCAGCCCGCUACCAUGUGGCCUUCGGCCCUGUGAUUGAUGGUGAUGUCAUUCCUGAUGACCCUGAGAUUCUCAUGGAACAGGGUGAGUUCCUCAACUAUGAUAUCAUGCUAGGUGUCAACCAGGGUGAGGGGCUCAAGUUUGUGGAAGGGGUAGUGGACCCUGAGGAUGGUGUCUCUGGCACUGACUUUGACUACUCAGUCUCCAACUUUGUGGACAAUCUGUAUGGCUAUCCUGAGGGUAAGGACACCCUGCGGGAGACCAUCAAAUUCAUGUACACAGACUGGGCAGACCGUGACAACCCUGAGACCCGCCGUAAAACACUGGUGGCACUCUUCACUGACCACCAGUGGGUGGAGCCCUCGGUGGUGACAGCUGAUCUGCAUGCCCGCUAUGGCUCACCUACCUACUUCUACGCCUUCUACCAUCACUGCCAGAGCCUCAUGAAGCCUGCUUGGUCAGAUGCAGCUCAUGGGGACGAAGUACCCUACGUUUUCGGUGUCCCUAUGGUAGGCCCCACUGACCUCUUUCCCUGCAACUUCUCCAAGAAUGACGUUAUGCUCAGUGCUGUCGUCAUGACCUACUGGACCAACUUUGCCAAGACCGGGGAUCCCAACAAGCCGGUCCCCCAGGAUACCAAGUUCAUUCACACCAAGGCCAACCGCUUUGAGGAAGUGGCCUGGUCCAAAUAUAAUCCCCGAGACCAGCUCUACCUUCACAUCGGGCUGAAACCAAGGGUCCGCGAUCAUUACCGGGCCACUAAGGUGGCCUUUUGGAAACACCUGGUGCCCCACCUGUACAACCUGCAUGACAUGUUCCACUAUACGUCCACAACCACCAAAGUGCCGCCCCCAGAUACCACCCACAGCUCCCACAUCACCCGCAGGCCCAACGGCAAGACCUGGAGCACCAAGCGGCCAGCUAUCUCCCCUGCCUACAGCAACGAGAACACCCAAGCGUCCUGGAACGAGGACCAGGAUGCAGGGCCACUCCUGGUGGAGAACCCUCGUGACUACUCCACUGAAUUAAGUGUCACCAUCGCCGUAGGCGCCUCCCUCCUGUUCCUUAACGUUCUGGCCUUCGCUGCCCUCUACUACCGUAAGGACAAACGGCGUCAGGAGCCCCUGAGGCAGCCUAGCCCUCAGAGGGGACCCGGGGCCCCUGAAUUGGGAGCUGCUCCUGAGGAGGAGCUGGCAGCAUUGCAGCUGGGCCCCACCCAUCAUGAGUGUGAGGCCGGCCCGCCCCAUGACACACUGCGCCUCACUGCGUUGCCCGACUACACGCUGACCCUGAGGCGCUCCCCUGAUGACAUCCCACUCAUGACCCCCAACACCAUCACUAUGAUUCCCAACUCCCUGGUAGGGCUGCAGACAUUGCACCCCUAUAACACCUUUGCCACAGGGUUCAACAGUACUGGACUGCCCCACUCACACUCCACUACCCGGGUAUAGCUCCAGCCCAGAGCACAGCCUAGCUCCUGGCUCCCUCCCUCCCAGAUCCACAAACACACAUGCACACACAGACACACACGGACAUGCACACACACACAGACACAUGCAGACGUAUAUGUAUACACACGCACCCACACCUGACAGCAGACCCACCUGCACAAACAUAGACAGAUGUGGACAUGCACCCCCAUGUACAAAAACACAAAUAAAGAAGUAAACCUGAAGGAACCCUUUAAAUGGGGACGCAAAUGAGCCCUUGGGAAACCGAGGACCCGUGGAACAGCAGCUGAAGCCAGCUCCCUGAGCCUGACCACAGACACUCCUGGGGGCCUGAAAGCACCAGCUGGACACCCCCUUGGUGCUCGCCUUCCACCUCUCUUGGGACUGCACCACCGACCAACUCCAGACUUGGGAGUUUUAAAGAGCAGAGUAGCUCUUUCUCCCCCAGACUUGGUCUUUUUUCUGGGUCUUGUUUUUGUUGAUUUUUUAAAAAAUUUUGGAACAAUUGCUUCUCCAACCCAUGAGUGCAAAGAAGCCCUGGAAGGGAGGGCUCCAGGCCCAGGUCUCUCUGGCUCUGGAACCCCAGUGCUCACACAAUCUGACCAAGGAACAUGAGCCCCAAGAAAGGAACAGAUUCGAGGAAGACCACCGGGUGGAAGGAGGAAGGUAGCCACCACUGAAUGGGGUUAGAGGGCUCAAGGGGAGAACUCUCCAGCUAGCUCUGCGUCCUUGUGGAGGGCUGCAGAGACCACAGGGUGACCUGCUUCCCCCAAAGGCCAGGAGCUUUGACCUGGCUAGACUAGGGGACCCUAGAUUUGGUGAAUGAGGUUUUGUGGAGGCCAUGUCAUUAUUGGGGCCCCCGGGUAUAAUCUGGGUUCUGCCUCUGCCCUUGGGGCAAUGCUAUUGGAAAUUCGCCCCAUUUUCUUUACAGAGUUUCUUUUCUGUCUGUCAUUUCUCUUUCAAAAAGGCGGUGUUUUUUGUUGUUGUUGGCUUUUUUUUUUUUUUUAAAGAAAAGUUCUUAAAACACUAACGGAAACCCAUGGAGUUUAUCCUUUGUAAAAAUUUUAAACACAGUGUCUUGAUAUAAAAAUAAAAAAUCCGGUUAGCACUCCCAA